AGGGGCUGGGAGGACUGGGAUCCCUCAUGGUUCUCCACGAAUGUGUUUACAGGACAGAGGCCUGUCAGCAGGAGGUCCCCGGCAUCUCCUCCGUUGGGCUGGAAGCUGCCCAGGCAGCUGUCUCCCCAGCUCCUGUGGCUCCUGAGGAGUCGGUGCCCCCCAUCCUGCUCCCAGGCAGUCCCCUGCUCCCCGCCUUCUCCUCCUGGGUGCUGAGCUCUGAGUCUGCUUCCGGAACCUGCCCUGGGCCUUCAGAAGAAGCCCUGGAGUCGUCCUACACCUCCCCAGCAGGCUCUGUCAGGAGCCUGUCCUGUCCCUUUCUCUGGGAGUUCCAGAAAGCAGCGGCCACCCUGAUCCAGCUUUCUGACAGCUCCAACUCUCUUCCCAGCUUGGAAGCUGAAGACUCCCCAGAGGAAGGUCUCAGCCGGCCUGGGGAACUCUCUCCCAGACGCUCCUUGGAGGAAGUGGGGUCGCCUUUGUCCUGGGGGACAAACUGGGGUGAGCCUUGGCCAGGCAGCAUUCCUGGGAGUGGAGGACUGCUGACCUGGCAGAGGCCUCGGGGCAGUGGGGCCCGACCCCUGCAGGGUUGCUUUGUGGACACAGCCAUGGCAGGAGAUUCAGAGCCUGAGCAAAGCCUGGAGGUGGGCCAGCUGCUGUCUUUCCCAGAUGUCCCCUUUCCAAGGUCAGGGUCAGAACUGUCAGAGGCCUCCAGCAAAGUAUGGGACAAGGACAGCGAGGAGGACCUGCCGGAACCCUGUCCCGGUGCCAACCCAGCCUCGGUGAGCUCCCUGCCUGCAGGUGGCUCAUCAGACCCCGAAAGCGGCAUGGAGCCCCAGAUGGCUCUUCCCUCCACACAGUCCCAGAAGAUGCAGGAAGCUUCUGGGACCGGCAAGAGCCUGACAGGGGUGUUGGACACAGGAGAAGCCCAGCAGGCACCCCCUGAGGCUGCCUGUGUGGUGUUCCCGCCCCAAAUCCCUUCCCCUGGUGACUCAGACUCACUGCCGGCCUUUCCUUUGGGGACCUCUGCAAGUGAAGGGGCAGAUUUCGGCAGAGGAGGAGAGACUUCCAGCCGCCAGGAGGGGACUCGGGAUGCUGAGCCAAGUCUGUCCACCAAGAACAAACCCCCACACCUCACGCCAGAGCCCAAGACCCUGGUGACCCUGCAGGCUCCUCCUGGGGACCCUGGCAGGCUGGCACCCCCAGCAGCUGAGAGCCGGGCACCUGGGCCUGGCAGGAAUGGAGCCCCUGCUGUCCUGGAGGAAGCCUGUCCCCCACUUGCCGGCGGCGUCCUGACUGAGAUCCUGUCUCCCGUGGACGAGGUGCUGUCCUACAGCAGUGCCGACCUCCCGUCCUCCAUCCACAGGGAGGCCCCGCUGCCCCCACCCCUUCCCCCCCCCCACGCACAGAGUGAUGCCGAAGACACUACUACCCCAGGCUCAGAUACCUUCCCUUCCCUGCCUCCGGGCCCCCUUGGGGAGGACACCGCUGUCACCACCCAGGACGUAUCCUCCUUGUCUGAGGAGAGUCUGCUGGAGGCCUUGUUCCCCAGGCCCCAGGAGUCUGAGGCACCCCAGGAGUCAGGGCUCUGCCCAGGAGCAGCUAGACUGGGUGGAAGCCUUGAGGACCAGUUGGAAAGGUCUAGUUCUGUAGCAGGAGAUGAGGCCGGAGGCAGCCAGUGGCCUGAACCUGCCGGCUGGCCAGGGUCUCCCUCGAGUGCAGGGUCAGGCAGAGGCCCUGGAGGGCUCCCAGAGCCACCAGUGCAGCUCACAGCUCUAUCCAGAGUGGCCUCUGUGGCCAGGGAGGGUCUGUCAGGGCUGCUGGCGGCUGGCAACGCAGACAUGAUGCUCCUCAGUUCCUCAGGGGAGCAGGAUCCUGCUUUGGGCACAGGGUUCUGGGCUGAUGUGGCCUUGGAGGAGGUCUCGGGCAGUCGGGGAGAGCCCUGGGAGGCAGUUCCGAGCGUUGGGUGUGCAGAGAGCCGGGGAGGGUCAGGGCAGCUCUCGGUGGGUCUGGAUGAGCUGCUCCUAGACACUGCUUCAUCUGCUGUGGGGUCCCUGGGCAACCAAGCCUGCUUGGCCGAGACCCCCACCAGGGGCCGAGACCCCAAAGAAAUGCUGGGUAAGAGCAGGAAGGCAGCCACACCCACACAAGCAGCCAUGCCAUUCCCCCAGCCAGCAGCUCCAGCAGCCUCUCCCCCAGGCCAAGUGCCCUUGGCUGCCCAAGGACAGGCUGGGUCCCUUGAGCAUGCUGGCAAGGACACUGAGGGAGGCCUGAGCUGCCAGCUAGAGGACCUGCUUGGGCCCAAGGGCCCACUGGGCAAAGAGCCGCUCCUGGAGACAGAUUCAGGCUGCCGUGCCCAUCUCCCAGGUGGGGCGAGAGAUCAGGUGGUGGACUUGGUCUCCACGCAGCUCACCAGGAGGGUCCCACUCGAGUCCUUAGCAGCUCUCUCCACAAUGGCCCCCCGGGGCAGCCCUUAGGGGGUGUUUUCUGGAGCUACAGAGAUGCACAGGCGUCUUUAGGGUUGUUGUGAGCUGUGUGUGGCACACGCGUGUGCACGUGGGAACCUGGAGGCCUGGACCUUCCCAGGGUGGACCGGUGGGCAGCUGGCUGUGCGGACGGUCACCUGAAGCCAGGCCCAGACUGCACACCCACUCUGUCACAUCAAAGCCAUGAAGAAGCGUCCCAGAAAAGGCAUUGCAGCCCAGAGGCGAGAACAGUCAGGGUCCUCUGGAGCCGGAACGGGGAUGGGGCGGAGCAGCACCUUUGCUGGGAGGGGGGUCGUGGAGAUCCGUGAAGGACGAGAGGAAGAGAGAGCAUUCGGGGCAAAGAGGAGCUGGGGUGGGCCCAGCUGGUGCUGACUCGCACCCCUGAGCCCUGCUUAGAAGAUAGUUGGGGGAUCUGCCUGCUUUGACUUUGGAGGCGCCCCCGCCAUACACGCCCCCCAUUGCUGGCAGAUGAUGUGUAGCUGGGGGGACUGCCGGGGGUGUCUCACACCUGAGCUGAACGGACCAGAGGCAGCGGCAGCUCAAGGGCCCGAGGCCAUUUCCCCUGCAGCCCGAACCAGGCUUGUCCUCUGGGGAUCAGUGGCCCAAAGUCUCUUCCUGAGCGUGUUUAGGACUCGCUGUACCUGGAAGUCCAGGGCAUCCGAUUUCUCCUCAUGUCAUGCACUUCCAGGGGAUUCGCUGGGACCCCUGUAAUUUCUCUGGGAUCCUUUUGAAUGUGAGGGUCUCUCCUUGAAUGGGGAGUUGAUGAGCACCAUGUUGGCCUUAGGGACAUCUGUGUCCCAGCACUGAUCCCUCCAGGAUGUGGCUUCUCCGGUCCAGGGCCUCAGGCUGCCUCCACUUUAAGAGAGGAGCGCACUCCAGGCUUCAUGUAUGCAGUCUGAGUGGGAGGCAUCACAAAGCUGGCCUGGCAAAGCCCAAGGCGCCAGGUGACAGGACACAUGGAGCUACCAGGGCCCUCUACCCCAGAGCUCUGUGAGAGUCCCCAGGCCCCCUAGAUCCCCUUUGGGACCCCUGCUUCGAGGCAGGAGCCUCCGUCCAGAUAUCCCUCGCUGGGCAGCAGCUGGGCCCAUCCUGCCUCCCCCAGCUCCAGGGCAGCCGCUCAGUCCCAGGUGCCUUCACCACAGCCGGCCUGUGUCAGGGCCCCCAUUCAGAGCGUGCAUGGGGACCCAGCUCAGGCCAUGCACCCGAUUUUGCGUGGAUGCCCCCCCAGCCCAGCCCACCCGAGCGCACAGGGAGAUCUGGACCCAGUGGGGAAUGUGUUCUGCUCCGUGCUCACCAUUUCAGAACAAACUUUGAACCGAGCUACAGUUUUUGCAUCGAUUCCCUUCUAGUCUUCUGAACGAAUUAGUCUGCGAUUUUUUAUUUUUUCCCAUUUAUGGCUGACCCUUUUGGAUUUAUGAGGCUGUGUGGGAGGAAUGAUGUAUUUCACACGAAUACAUCUGGCAUGGCAAUAAAUCUCCCCCACCGACGCCCCGCAGAUUUGCGGUGAAUCCGAUGGCUCCCCGGGUCCCUGCCACAUGGCUGGUGCUGACGUGGGGUGUGAUGUGAUGGUGGCUGCACUCACAGCCGGAACCACAGUGACUUUCCCUGGGAGCCUGGCAGGUGCCUCCUGUCGCUGGCCGAUGGUAGGUGCCCUUAAAGGGGGCUGUUCCUGAGGAAUGGAGGAAAAUGCAGGCUGGGGCUUCCAAGGACGGUGGAGCUGGAGGGGGCCAGAGCCCUCAGGUUACUCUGACUGCAGAAGAAAAAGCCGCUCCACCUGGGGUGUAAACGCAGUUAAUCUCCCAGCACGAUGCGGACGGAGUGGAGGGCUUUGGCAUUCAGAUAUAUUGACCUAGCGAGAUGGCAAUCCAAGGUUCCUCCCCUUCAAGGUCUCCCGACAUACUUGCCUGGGCUCUGAUCUGCCAUCAUGGCUUGGGCCAAUAAAUCUUGAUACCAGCCUCCA